UGUCCGUUGGGCGCCGCGCCGGUUCUGGAAGGAUCCCCGGAGCAGGGCCCUGCCGGGCGGCAGCGGCGGCGACGACAUGUCGGGGCUGCUCCACACCACGCUGAGCGGCCUCAACAGCGACUCCUACUGCGAGAUCAGCCAGUACCGCGACCAGCACUUCCGGGGCAGCCGGCAGCUGCAGGAGAAGUCGCUGAAGAUUUCCUCCACGCUCUACGUGGGCAACCUGUCCUUCUACACCACCGAGGAGCAGAUCCAGGAGCUCUUCUCCAAGUGCGGCGACGUCAAGAGGAUCGUCAUGGGGCUGGACAAGAUCAAGAAGACUCCCUGCGGCUUCUGCUUCGUCGAAUACUACACGAGAGCAGAUGCCGAACACGCCAUGCGAUUCAUCAAUGGCACUCGGCUAGAUGACCGCAUCAUUCGAACAGACUGGGACGCGGGAUUUAAGGAAGGGCGACAGUAUGGGAGAGGAAAGACCGGAGGACAGGUGCGAGACGAAUACCGGACAGACUACGAUAUGGGAAGAGGCGGCUUUGGCAAGAUCAUUCAGAUGCAGAAGGCAAAUCAUCAGCCUGCAAUCUAUUAAUUGCCUCGUGGGCCCUAGCUCGUAGAGGGCUCAGCCCUUCCAGAGGGCUGCACUUGCAUUUUGGAUUGUGGUAGGGAGUGAGAUACAAGUUCCAGCAAAAGGUGACUCUCCUUAGACUGUGGAUAUACAUGUGUUCAUUCCCCCUUCCUUCUGGGCUAGAGAGGAUGUUCUGUGCUGAUACAGGGCAACAAGGGAAAAAACGGACAGCUCUGCAGGAUCCUGGGUGAGAAGAGGUGCAGCCUGUGACACCGACUGUGCGUCACGACGUGCUCUGCGCGUUGCAGCCGAGCCCGUGGCUUCCCCUAGGCUGUGGCUGCAGCCAUGGUUGCUCACGAAUGGAACUGCUGGGAAGAUCCCGACCCACAUGGGAGCCCUCCAGGUGCCUGGGCACCUUGAAGAGAUGCACCAGGGUUUCAGAUGUCCGAUUUACAGUCUCCAUCUGGUUAAAAAACAGUAUUGCUGUUUAGAUGGGAGAAGUGUAAUACGGUCUUACUGUCCACUUGGAGGUGCUUGUCUGCACAUCUAGCCCGUGGCUUGGUCAGGCCUGCAGAGCCUUUCUGUUUGUGAUGACCCCAGUGCUGCCUGGCUUUUCAGAUCCUCACUGUUCGGCGUGAUUUUGUUAAAUUUUAUUUCAAUUUUUUAAAUAAACA